UUCACCUCCUAGGCCGGGCUCUGUCCCUGGGAAGCGGCGUGCGCUGACUCCCCAGCCCUGCUCUCCCUUUUGGGCGCAGGGAGGCCAGGAGCCCGUGGGCAGAGCUGCCCCCAGCUGACGCCUCGGUCGAGUCACAAUGGCCCGGCCCGGCCCCGCAGCGCCGCGGGCUCCCGAGCAGAGGACACCGGUCACCAUGCCCCCAGCGGCCGCGGCAGCACCAGGCUCCGCCGGCCGCUCCCCAGCGGCUUAGAGCGGCGGCAGCCCACGUGCGGAGCUGCCUGGCGGCGGGAUGACGCAGCCGGGGAUCCCCGCAGGGGGGAUUCCCUCGCAGGUCAAUGGGGCUCUGAAACCAGGAGCUCCCAUCAAGGCCUGCAAGAGAUCAAAGGGAAGAGAAAUAGCCAAAGUGUUACAGGAUUUUCCUUGCCCCCUACGCACAUCCAAGGAUCAGUCGUCUCCAAUAGGCUAUCGUAAGGACCAAGCUUUAGCCUCUAUGUUUGUUCCUUUCGUCGUACACCCUGGGAGUCAUAAGCCUGAUUCACUCAAGUUUGUCUUCUAUAAAUCGAAUUACUCUAAUUCGUACGCGCCAUUUUACACUGCGCAGAAGCCAACCUGUGGGUACCGGUAUUGCCGGGACACCGAUCACACCAGGAAGGUGAUGGACGUAGAGAGUGCAAACAUUGUCAAGUGGAGACCCAUUGUGGGGACGAAAUCACAGUUAGUUACAAUAAACCCAAAGCAACGAAACUGACAGUAUGCCUGGCCCAAGCCUCUCAUUUGUGCAGGAUACGCUAGUGCAGUGUGUGGGUUGAAGGGGUAAGGUAAAGUUUAUUUGGAUGGUUCUAGAAGACGACCUAGGACAUACUGCAGGAGCUAAACUUUCACAGCAGCAUAGCAAACGGCUGUCGUAACGUCUACCCAACUCCUUCCAGAAUGCAGUGCAAUAGUGUAAACCUACCAUUGUGGUUAAGUUACCAAAACUAGCCACUAGCUGGCACAUUAAAUGAAGCAUGUUACAAUGAGAACUGGUGCCUGUGAUAGCAAUGCAAUGGAUAUGGGGGUUGGGGAAGAUGCUGUUAGGUUUGGUAAAUCCAUCCACCUGAUGAAUGCACUGAUCUCCGAGAAAUAUGUUGCCUAGAGUGUGUGUAAUUGUAUUGAUAUAGGAAAACCCAGUCCGACUUCUUGUGUCCGGGUUGCUGGGAACCCUUAUUGAGGCAUUGAGACUCAACAGUGAGGUGCAUAAAAUAUGAAUUCUACUGAUCAUCUAUGUACUGCAUGGGUAUCCACACAACAGACUAAACUCCAGAUGUCUUGCUCCAGCAUGCACUGGGCUCAGUGUAGAACCUGGGCUGUAUUCCGUAGGAGCUGGUCUCUUCUUUGUUUUCCCAAAGUCCUGGUCAGACUCUGGAAAGCAUAGGAACCCCUUCAUUGCUAGGCCUUACAGGCAUAGUAUGACAUUGUGCUCAGUGAGGAAGCAAGCUUGUUUUGUGUUUGGAGCUGUAAAAGCUUGUUUUGUGUUUGGUAAUUGUCACUGAAAUGUAACAUGCACUGGGGAGGUCUCUAUUAGCCCUGACUUAGAGUACAUUGUAAAAGAUGUCAGCUGGCACACGGUAUACAAGAAUUUUUUUUAAUAGCCUGGCGAAUCGAAUGCAUUGGCAGAAAGGUACAACUAUCAUCAUCAUAUUUUGUCCUUCUGUAGCAUUGUGAGCUGAUGGACUUUCCCACUCUGCUCUGAACAGUGUAGUCAUAUUGUCCAAACGUAUCUCCUUUCAUGGAGUUUGGCUUGACUGGCAGUUGAAACACCAACAGUAUGUUAUAAAGCUCAGCCCAAGUCUGGCUGGUCCUAGGGUUUCCCUGCAGAAAUCUCUGUGCCCCAGACCCUUGUGCCUUCUGGUCAGAUGAUCAUCACACGCUUCCUAUCUUGGUAGAAUUAACAAGCCCCUCCUGCAAUAAUAGCCAGCAGAACUUAUUCAGCAACUUUAUGUAGGGUUCUAACUCUUGCUACCAGAGUGGGUUGGGGGAGAACCCGGCCACCCCCUUAGAAGCACCUUUCAGCUAAGAAGUUUAAAGCAUUUUACAAGUAAUAAUUAACUAAGUGUCAUGACCACCCCCAUGAGGUAGAAGACUAUCAUCAUCCCCCUUUUUACUUCUGGGAAACUGAGGCCCAGCGAGCCCAGGGCCCAGAAACUCAAAGGUGUUUAGGCACCUAACUUCCAUUGAGAUAAUUGAAAACUAGAUAUCUAAAUAACUCUGAGGAUCUGGGCCCAUGUGCUUUGCCUAACCUCGUACAGGGGAGCCUGUGGCACAGCUGGGAAUUUCACCUGGCACCUUGCAAUAUCCUGAAAUAAUUCAGGGCUUUCAUUCUACUCCGUGCGCUAGAGAUUAGCCCGAGCCGCCAGAGCCAAGUUUGGGUGUGUUUAAACCGGAUUCAUUUCAGGCCCAUCUCUUCUGUCUGAUCCUGCUAGCAGCAGGUGCCACUGCAUUUGCUGACUCUGAAUCGAAGAACUGAGUACACUUAACUGACGCUUAGCUAAAGAACAGUGGCACCUCAUAUUUCAGAUGCUGUCAAGAUUCACAGGGGAGUGGAGGCCUCCAUUUGCUUCAUGUAUUCCCCCUUUAGUGCCGACUGUGAGUGUGAGGGCUGUUUCCCUUGGGUCCUGGGUAUCUCCACUGGAAGCUCUUACAAAGCAUUGGUAUUUUCAUAUACUGUUAGCACAUUGGUGUCUCUUGAGGUACAAGCCCACACUCUUUUUUAUUAGUGGUUUAUUUUUAGGUUGUCUGUGUAUCUCCCAGUCCCAGCCUCUGCCUUCCACUGAUCAUUGGGACCUGGGGAUUGCUAGCGUGAUGAGUAAUGCAGAGCAGACAGCUUACAGGCAGAGUCCACGCUGGGACACAGCAGUGGGGAAAGGUAAAUUCUCCCCUCCCUUCCUUCCCUCAGGGGUCUAGCCAGGGGUCAAGACCACUUCUGCUGAUUAGAGGGCAGCCCCCUGACACCACGACCGUAAGGGCCAAAUCUGCUCCCCCUUUGCACUGGCACAAACCCAGAGUAAUUCCAUUGACUCUGGAUUUGGAAAGUGGAUGUUCACAGGUGUAACCCAUAGCUGAAUUGGACUCUAAUUGGUGCUUAUAUCAGCAGCAAAUCUGGGGGAAUCUCCUUACAUCCUGCACAUCUGUGAGGGUUGCCCUCGAUUCCUCUGGUAGCAUGAGGUGUUUCCUUGCCCUGGAUAUUAAUCCCUGUUGCAGAAGUCACACGGUUCUGUCACUCGCUGAGCAGGAAGUGCUCUGCACCGCCCCUGACAGAGCGGCUCCUUCCCAAGGUACAUUGCCCACUCCCCACCCCCCAGGGCCCCUCAGCAUGAAUAAGGGGAGGUGCAGGCAACUAGAAUGCCACAAUUGGCAUGCAGAGGAAGGUCACCUAUCACCCUUCAGGGGGUGCUGUUGACUCUCCCGGCGGGCUGGUCCUCGCCGCGGGCUGGGGCAGAAGGGAAACCCCUGGCCCUGCCCCUCCUUGCCCCCUUGGGGUAUUGUGCACCUCUAGGCUUGUUGUGCAGAGGGUGCGAUUGUGCCAGGCCCUUACAUUGGUUGCACACGGGAGGAAAGUUUCUUGUGCUCUCCUUCCUCAUGUUAACCCACAUAAGGGCCAGGAACAAUUGGUGCCAUAA